AUGGGUAAUACAUAUUCAUUUUUCCAAACCAAUGCAAUUAAUGCUGAUAAAUUAGACAAAUUCAAAAUUCAAAAGAUCCCAACAUUCGAAGAGAUUUCAGAAGAAUUAAGUAAUGGUAUCACAGAGGAGUUAAUAGACGAUGUAUUUGAAAGAUGUUGUUUUAUGUCAAUAGAAACAUUCUUUGAUAAAUAUCCCUCAGAUGACACAUUAAAAUGCCAAUACAGUCCAAAACAUACAGAUUGGUUUUUUACAUGUAAACAAUGUUGUUUGGCUGAUAACUCUUGUAUUUGUGCCCAAUGUUUUUUAAGUGGUAACCACAUCGAAAAUGGACAUCAAUUUACAAUUUUUGAAAGUAGUUCUUCAGCAGUAUGUGAUUGUGGUAACCCAGAGGCCAUAAAAGGAGACGGAUUCUGCCACGAACAUCAUAGUGUAGAUGAAGAUUCACAAAAGAAACGUUUAGAUGGUACUCCAUUCUUUGUUAGAAAAGAUAUUCACAUUUUCUUUAGAUAUCUUUUUAGAUAUCUUCAAAAGAUUACAACAUCUACUACCGAGCUCUCAAAAACACGUGAAGAAGAAAUCAAUGUUAUUACUGGAUGGUUAUCAGGACUUUGCAGUUAUUCAUCAACUUUAAUUCACAUUAUGGCAGAGGAACUUACAUCUCGUUGUUUAGAUAGCAAAGAUUUCAAGAUUUAUGAUCUCAAGCGUUUACCAUACGAAAAUCCAUCAGAUAACACCCAGCAACAAUGGGAAUCUCAUCAUUUUUUGGGUUUCAUCUUUAGCAGAAUCAACAUUUUAGAAUUAUUUGUUCCAUUAUUAACUUUAUUAUUAGAUAACCAUAAUACCUUCAAGUUGGCACUUUUUGAAGAAUACCUUAAAAACUAUAUUCUCAUUUUCUCACCACGUGACUCAAGAUCAUCCCGUUUAAUGCAAAAUCUUGGUAGCUAUUAUAUGGACAAUAUGAAGCUUUUGGUUCCAUUCUCAACUGGUUACUCUCGUUACAAUUUCAUAGAAUUAGUAUUACGUUCCCAUAAAAACAUCUAUAUGCCAUUAUUGUUACCAUUCUACCAAACUGAUAAAAAGAUUGAAAAAGAAGUAAUGUUGCAAUCUGACCUCUCAUCAUUCUCAAGAUUAAUGAAAGAUAUAAAUGUUGUUAAAUUUUUAAUAAAUGAUGAAGAAAAGUAUCGUUUAUAUUUCGAACUCUCAGAAACUCUUCAUGCAUUCACCUCACCUCAAUUUGUAGACCCUUCUAUCACAACAACUAAAUUUUUGGUACUUUUAGAACAUAAAUUAAUGUAUGCAACCAGACAUCUUCACAGUGCCAUUGAUGCACAAAAUGACCCAGCCCUCAGCGAUUUUGCUCGUGAUACAACCCUCAAAAGAAUUGCCGAAUCAAUAUCUCACAUUAAAAAGAGACCAUUGUUUGAAAGAUGUGGCUUCAAAUUACCACAUGCAGACUUUUUCCAAAAAUUCACCUAUAACGAAAUCCCAAUUCAUUUUGCUCUCUAUCGUGUUAUUUCCUUCUUUUUCCUCCACACUAAAAUGGAUCCAUCAAUUUUAAUGACUAAGUACGGUGUCACAGAAGAUGAUAUUGUAGACAUGCUUACAACAUUACUUUUAUUCAGAGUUUGCUAUGUAUCAUACGACCCAACCGAUUCAUUAGAAAACUGUACAGAUUUUACAAUUAUCACAGAUUUACAUCUUAUGCAGGUUGCACUCUGUUUAUUAGGCCCAAAGAAAUUUUUAUACGCUUUCUUUAAUGUCAUGUCGUCAGUCGAUACAAAUGCAAGCGCAUCAGCAUUUACCGAUACUUUUGCUCUUUUAAUUUCCGUUAUUCAAUUAAGAGGUACCCUAGAGCCAACUAAAGAUUAUAUUCAAUAUAAUUUAUACCAAGCCCUUUUCUCUGGUAUCUUCUUCAAACUUCACUUCCGAUCAUUCGACACUGUUUUAUUUGGUGUAACAGAAACUGAUAUUUGCGAACUCUAUUUACCAGAGAUUUCAUUACCAGGCAAUCAUGCUAAAGAGCUCAAAGAUAAAGAAUCAUGGAAAUACUAUGACCCAUAUUAUCCAUGUUUCUCAAUCGUCUACAAGAAUGUAAUUAAAAAUAAUACUAAAGAACGUUUCAAGAAAUAUCAAGCAUCCCUUAAUAUUCCAGAAUCAAAUCCUUUACCACCACAAAUUCCAGCCAUCUCUAAAGAACUUUUGGGUGUUAACAAUAUUUUCGAAGAUCCAACUCUUUUCGAAAUGAUAUUUUGUGUUUUACUCGAUCUUAUAUACCCAGAGUUUGUUGGAUAUGAUGAUAGUUUUGAAAUGCAACCAAUUCUCAAAAUUUUAAUUCGAAAGCCAGAUAUUAUUGCAAACGAAUUCUUUUAUCUUUUAGUUUUGGGUAUUAAAACAUUCAAAGAGCACACUUACCCAAAUUUCGAUCAAUUAACAAAGGAUCAAAUUAAUCAAUCUAUCAAAGAAUAUUUUGAAGCCGAAGAUAAGUCAACUGUUAAAUUCCAACAAAACUUUGCAAUUCUAAAUCUUUUACGUGUUCACAAUGUCGAAGUUAGUAUCGGUCAAAAGGAAAAAUUAUCAUUCUUACAAGUAUUAUUCGAAUUUUGGGUAUCCAUGACCAAAGAUUCUAAAUUUUUAGAAUUACGUAGUUCACUUUUAUACAUUUUCACCUUUGUCAAAGAUUUCCAUCCAGAUAUUUCAGAAUACUUUAUUGAAAAUAAAAUCGAUUUGGUUCAAGAUCUUGAAACCUCAAGUCAAGAUGAAAUUAUUAGAAAGAAAUUAAUGGCCGAAAAGAGAGAAAAAAUAUUAGAGCAAAUGAGGGUACAACAAAAAUCAUUUUUAUCAAAUUAUAAUUAUGAUGAUGAAGAUGGUGAAGAAGAAGAGGAUGAAGAAGAAGAGUAUGAAGAAAAUGAAGAGGACACAGAGGAUGAAGAAGAAAAAUUAACACUUAGAAAUAAUGAAACAGUUGAGGAAGAAAAACCAAACCAAGAAGUUAAAUCCUUUGAAUAUGAAUCAAAUCAAAUUUAUGAAGAUUAUAUUUCUGAUGAUGAAAAUUUGUCUGAUGAAGCAAAUCAAAAUUUAAAUGCUGACGACAAUGAAUCAAAGGUCAAGAAAACUCUUAAACCAAAACGUAAAAUAGAAUUUUCAGCAGAGGAAAUUGGUGAAUUCGAACCAUGUGUUAUUUGUAAAACUGGAGAAAGAGGUGGUAGAUUAUUCUCUAUGGCAUACGUUGAUGUUUCAUCACCAAAUAUGCAAAAUAAGCUCCAAACCAAUUUCGAAAUGGAAUGUAAAGAAGGCGUAGAUCAAACUUAUAAAGAUUUCUUACAUAUUUUUGUAACAGAAAAUGUUAAAAUUGGUAUUUCGCAAUAUGUACCCUACGAUGAAGAUCCAGCAACCUUAUUAGCAUGUUAUAUUUUCAAUAGAUCCCCAUCAACCUACGUCAGCUCAUGUCAUCAUACUGUUCAUAAAAAAUGUAUCGAUGAUUAUAUUCGUGACCAAAAGAUUGACGAUAUUGUUACUUCAUUCAAAUGUCCACUUUGUUCAAGAGCCUGUGAUAUUAUUGUGCCACUUGGUAAGCCCGAGUCAUCUCAAGAAUACAAAGAAGGCGCCAAUAAUUUAUAUUCAGAGCUUUGCCAUUAUGAUUAUGCAACAUUAAUGGAUUCACAAAACAAAUAUAGCAUUAAUAAAUACCUUUGGAAAUUUGUUCUUCAAAAUAUAGAAACUUUAGAAUUAAAAUCAAGAAAGACCACACUUUAUAGUGAAGAUGGUGAACCAUACUUUAUAAUGUCCGAAACUGAUUUCCAAAAAGAGCUUUUGACCACCUCCAAUCUCUAUAGAGUCAUUGAUAAUGCUCCCCUCGCACCAGAACCCAAUGCUCCAAUGUUUGACAAAGCUGUAUUCUUUAUUGACCCAUUUGUCAGUAGUUCUUAUACCGCAUUCCUCACUAAAAAAAACCAUGAUGAAAUUAUCUAUACUGGUGUAUUCUUUUAUUUGUUUAGCGUUUUAAUCCAUCAUGUCAUCGAAACUAAUAAGAUUCCAAAAGAACACCUCAACAAUAAAAGUCAACUAUUUUCGAUUAUUGAAUCUGAAUAUAAAAACAUUUUUAGUGGUAAAGAAUUAGAAGAAAAUUUAAAAAAGAAACUUCAAAAUCAAAUUCAUCCAUACCUCAGAAAAGUUAUUAUUUACUUUUAUAUUUUCAACUAUUACAACGACCAAUCCAAAUUCCCAUUCAAGCAAAUCACUAUUAGUAAUUUAGAUUCAUUUGAUUUUUGCACCAAAUUCUUUUUGUUUGGUUCAUUUGAGGAAUUGCUACGUAAAGGCUUCGAACCAAGAGUUUUCGAAGAUUUACUCAAAAAUUAUUUAAAUACCCCAAAGAUUUCAAAUGAAAUUAGUAAUAUCCCACAAGUUUAUUGUAUUUAUCCACCACCAUGCAACUACGAAGUAUUACCAAGCUUUACUCCAGUACCAGACAAAUAUAUUGAUUUCAUGAAAGAAAAUAUUCAUUCAGGUAAUUGCACUAAAUGUAAAUCACUCUUAAAGCUUGUUUGUCUAUUUUGUGGUGUUGCCGUUUGUUCAGCUACCCAAUGCACCAACGGUGUUCUCAGACAUGUCAUCGCCUGUCCAUGUUAUCCAUUAGGUUUAUUCCAACAUAUCGAAAAUCCACUUUUACAAGUUAAUAUCAUGGAAUAUGGUGCUUUCAAAAAAACCAAUCUUGUAUCUCACAUUUAUUUAGAUAAUAAUGGUUCAAAACCAAAUGCUCCAGGAACCAAUAUUUUCCUUUCAAAGAAAAAACUAAGAAAACUUUACAAAAAUUGGAUUGAUUAUAAUAAUUCAAGAAAAUUUUUAAAAUAA